CAUUGACGAGGCGACGAUGGGUAUAUAAACCCCCUUGUGUUGGAGUGAAGCAAAAGACCAGCGAUUUGCUGCAAAGACACCAGUUAAAAAAGGAACAUUGCAGAAGCCAAGCAAUAGAAUCCACACUGCUGGACGCAGACACCUGUUGUCUUAACUACCUGUAGCUCACGUCAAGUCUUCUCAAAAUGGCCUUUAUGCUGAAACCCUGGACCAUCUUGGUCGCCUUGGUGUUGUGCGUGCUGGUGUGUCUCGGGACUUUCGUGGACGCCUACCCACCUAAACCGGAGAACCCCGGAGAAGACGCGCCUCCUGAAGAGCUGGCCAAAUACUACACCGCGCUCAGACACUACAUCAAUCUCAUCACGAGACAGAGGUAUGGCAAGAGGUCCACCCAGGAGGGAGUGAUGUCAGAGUUGCUGUUCGGCAACAACGCAGAGAGAGACCAGAGAUCAAGAUAUGACGACUCCUACAUGUGGUGAUUCCUCUUUCUCAUUGGGCUGUCUCUCCAGGUGUCCACCAAUACCUGGAGAGGCCGACCAGUGCCUCCCACAACCGCCUCACCAUCUGACCCCUGACCACAACCAAUGACCAUCACAGACCUUAAGACAAUGUAAAAUCAACCUUAAAUACCUAACCCUCCUUCCCCCUCUUUCACUCUCUCAGACUUCUCUCUCUCACUCGAAGUCUCUGCCUCAUUUCUUCACAUGAAGACAAUUGUACAUAAUGAAUUAUUGAAUUAAGAUAUAGAAUACAAAAUAUAUAAUGAUUGAUGAAAUCAUAUGUGUAACCUUCACUUCUGUAUGUCUUAACAGAGAAUAAUAUUUGAUUGUUGGUACUGUAUAAAUGCUUUGUGUGUGAUUAAAGUUUGAUGGAUGACUAUGACAAGAUA